AUGAUUUUUAGAAGAUUAAUAUAUCAUACGUCGAAACGUAGUAAGGAAAAAAAAAAAUUUUUUACAUUUUUAAAAAAACAAGAAUAUAAAACUAUUCGGAAUUAUAAUAUGAAACAAGAAAAGAAAGAACAUGAAACGUGCCAAAAUAAUGUUACAACACCCUUAUACAAAUCAUAUAAAGGUCACGAUUUAAAAAUAAUAUAUGAGAAUGAUUAUUUUUUAGUUCUUAAUAAACCAUAUGAUAUCAAAUUAGAGAAAGGAAAACUAGAUGACAUAUAUCCAUCAAUAGAAACUUUACUUUAUAAAAAAAGAAAAUUGGAUGUAUUCAGGAUAUGUGGACAACUUGAUUAUGCGACCAGUGGUCUUCUUAUUGUCGCCAAAGAUAAACUAAGUUGUAAUAUUUUAAAUUACAAUAUAGAGAGUAAAAAUAUAAGUAAAAUAUAUUUGGCUAUAUUAUAUGGGCAUCUACCAUUAGAUAUCCUUCAUAUAAAUACACCUAUAAGUAAAAACAAGGAAGGAUUUAAAAUGAAACUUUGUUAUAAUUAUAAUGAUUAUUAUGACAACGGUAAGUAUUGCUAUAGUUUAAUAUAUCCAUAUAAACAUAGCUAUAUAAAUAAUGAAAAGGUUACAUUAUGUGAAAUGAGGACAGUAACAGGGAGAAGACAUCAACUGAGGUUACAUUCUCUUUGUUUAGGAAGUUCGAUUGUAGGUGAUGAAACAUAUUUUGAUGAUAUGCUAACAAAUAAAUAUAAAAUUGAUUAUAAUAAUGUUAAUGGAAAAAAUGAGAACGACAACGAUAAUAAAAUCAAAGUAAAUGAUAACAAUAAUAAUUAUUAUGAUAAUUACUAUGAUAGAAAAUUAUUAUGUAAUGAGAAAAAAAAAAAAAUAGAUGUUGAAAGGAUGAUGCUACAUUGCUGGAUUAUAUUGAAGAAUAAAGAACUCAAUAAUUUAAAGAAAAGCGAAAGUAUAAAUAAUUUAGAAAAACAAAUUUUUGAUCAAGAUUAUAUUAUUUGUGAAGAUGAGUUAAGUCAAUUUGCUAAUGAAAAUUCACGUACAUAUGACGAAUGUGUUUUAAAAAAUAAUGAUUUAAUUAACAUUAGCUUUAUUAAUUAUAAUGUAAAAGGUAUUAAAAAAAAUAUAAAAAAUAUUGAUAGAAAAUUAAAAAAUAAUUUACGCAAUAAAAGGGAUAUAACUACACAUGUGGAUAUGUCAUUCAAUAAUUCAGAUAAUAUGAAAAUAACAAAAGAUAAUAUUAUAACAAAAUCAGAACAACAUUCAAAUAACGAUGUUCUAUUAAAUUUAAACAAAGCUCCUAUUAUUAAUGUAACAGAUAAUUUUUUAAAUUAUCAAAACGUAAAUAAAAAUAAUAUAUAUGAAAUAAAAAAUGAUAAAUAUAAAAAUCCAAAUGACCUUUUUGAUGAUAUUCAUGAUACAUACAAUAAAUUUAACUGGGGAUAA